UACAUUGCGGUGAGCGGAAUGUUUUUGGAGGCUCGCAACGUUCAUUAAGCUGGACUGAUAUCCCGAGCCUAACCAUGCAGCGGAACAAACAUUCCGCUCACCGCAAUGUUGCGCAGAAUAGUAAUGAUGAAGUUUGCAAGGGCAGUCAACCUCCUCAGCGAGCUCAAACGGAAGAUUUGAACAUCCAAUUUCUGCAAAAUCAGAUCUGGCAAUGAUAUGCUGGAGUUUGAUGGGGCUGUUUCUGAUAUGCGAUUGCUUGGAAUAUGCACCCGAUUAUGGGGCUUCGGCCUUACUCACUACAAGCUCUUCCAAACUGGAAUAAGAAAUAAGGCUUGUGUUAAAGCUGAAAUUGAAGAUUUUGCAUAUAAAAAUUCUCCGUCUUCCACUAUUUCAAGCAACAGAAAUGCUUCAAGGGCUCUUGUACGAAGAACAAAGCAACUGAAGAAGCACCCAACACAACAUGGUGUUUGCCUGGAGAAAACUAGCAAAGGUUUUAUGGAUAAUGAAUCAAUUGGGCAAUUUCAAUCAACACAACAGAGGAAGAAAUCAAAAGUAUCCCGCAAGUACGAAUCAGGCCUUGAACCUGUAGAAGACCAGGGUUGUGCUGAGCUUGAAAUUGAAGAUUUUGGGUCGACAAAUUCCAUUUCUUCCAUUGCUUUGAGGAUUCCAGAGAACUGGAAGGAGGUGCUUGAUGGUAUUCGUAAAAUGAGGGCUUCUCAGGGUGCUCCAGUAGAUACCAUGGGAUGUGAAAAGGCUGGCAGUUUGCUUCCACCAAAGGACCGGAGAUUUGCAGUUUUGGUCUCAGCACUUCUGUCAAGCCAGACUAAGGAUGAAGUGACUCAUGGAGCAGUGCAAAGGUUAAGUCAAAAAGGGAUUUUGUCAAUUGAGGGGAUUGCUAAUGCAAAUGAAGCAGAUAUAAAGGACAUUAUCUAUCCAGUUGGAUUCUAUAGUCGAAAAGCUGGAUACUUGAAGAAAGUUGCCAUGCUGUGCCAAGAGAAAUACAAUGGAGACAUUCCAAAAAGCUUGAAAGAAUUACUUUCCCUUCCUGGGAUAGGUCCUAAGAUGGCCCACUUGAUCAUGAAUAUUGGAUGGGAGGAUGUCCAAGGAAUUUGUGUAGAUACUCAUGUUCAUCGCAUAUGUAAUAGACUUGGCUGGGUUUCAUUUUCAGACUCGAAGCAGAAUACCGGCACACCAGAGGAGACAAGAAAGAUUUUGGAGUCUUGGCUUCCAAAAGAUGAAUGGGUUCCCAUCAAUCCACUUUUGGUUGGAUUUGGGCAAACAAUUUGCACACCUCUUCGACCUCAUUGUGGAGAAUGCCUAGUGAGUAAUAUUUGUCCAGCAGCUUUCAAGGAGACAGCCAACUCCAAAUCAAAUUCAGGGACCUUAGUUAAAAUGAAGAAGACUUGAAGAAUUGAUGCCAAAAUCGCAGUGGUAUGUACAUUUUGUUUACAAAGAAUUGGAGUUUUGGGUGUAGCAAAUGUGUCCUCUACAGUUUUUUUGUAAGGAACCAUUGCAACCAGUUUUAUGACAUCGGAAGCUUAUUAUCUUUAUUGUGUAUUUUUUUGUUUAGUUAAUUCAAAGUUCUAGAUAGGUUACAGAUGGCUAAAACUAUAAGUUCAGAUGACCAAUUAUUACCUUGGUUAAAAUGAAGAAGACUUGAAGACUUGAUGCCAAAGUGGAAUGUACAUUUUGUCUAAAAAGAAUUGGAGUUUUGGGUGUAGCAAAUGUGUCCUCUACAGUUCUUCGUAAGGAAUCAUUGCAACCAGUUUUAUGACAUCGGAAGCUUAUUAUCUUUAUUGUGUAUUUUAUUUUGUGUACUUAAUUCAGAACUCUCAACAUGUUACAGAUGGCUAAAACUAUAAGGUCAGAUGACCAACUGUUACCUCUGGUUAUAAAAAUUGAUCAAAUUAAAAUCAUCAACGAUACUAUGUUCUCUUUAUUGUUUAUUAAUAUGUUAAGGCAGUCAGUUGUAUA